AUGAUGCGGGUCAAGGACCCUCAGCGAUCGUUGGAGUUCUACAAGUUCCUCGGCCUGAACUUGGUAAUCAAGAUGGACGUUCCCGAGGGAAAGUUCACCAACUACUUCAUGGCCUAUACGGGGCCGCAAUCCAUCAAUGGCGACAAGCACUUCACUGACCUCCAGGGCACCAUUGAGCUCUGCCACAACUGGGGAACAGAGAGCGACCCCAACUACAGCGUCGUCAACGGCAACACCGAGCCGUAUCGCGGCUUCGGCCACAUUGCCAUCGCGGUCGACAACAUCGAAGCUGCUUGCAAGCGCAUUGAGGAUGCUGGCUACCCCUUCCAGAAGAAACUGACUGACGGCCGCAUGCGACACAUUGCCUUUGCGAAGGAUCCCGAUGGCUACUGGGUCGAGAUUAUCCGCCGCGCGGAGCAAAACCUGUCCGCCACUACGGAUCCCUCUUCCUACCGAAUGAACCACACUAUGCUCCGUGUCAAGGACGCCGAGGCCAGUCUCAAGUUCUAUCAGGAGUCUAUGGGCAUGGCCCUGGUCCGCACUGUCGAGAACCCGGACAACGGCUUUAACCUUUACUUCCUGGCUUAUCCCGCCGGCAAGGAAAACAUCCAAGACGGCGCCCACGGAAACACCGAGGGUCUUCUUGAGCUGACCUGGAACUACGGAACUGAGAAUCAGGAGGGUCCUGUUUACCAUAAUGGCAAUGCCCAGCCUCAGGGAUUCGGCCACAUCUGUAUCUCCGUCGACGACCUUCAAGCCGCAUGUGACCGCUUCGAGAGCCUUAACGUGAACUUUAAGAAGCGUCUGACUGAUGGCAUGAUGAAGAACCUCGCCUUCGUCCUCGACCCCGAUGGAUACUGGAUUGAGGUCAUCCAGAACGAGCGAAUCAAGCGCACCUCCAACUGGUAA